CAGGUAGGGCUCAACCUGUGCAGAGCACAUGCCCUUUUUGUCCUUUCACUCCGAAGUGCCCUUUUUUGGAGGCGUUUUAUUUUAUUUAUUUAUUUUCUUCAAUAAAUCAAUGCUAUUGGUCGCCGUUUACGUCUGUCUGUCUGAUUUACAAAUAUAUUUAGCCUAAUAAAAGUAUUAAAACGAGCUUGUGACAAAAUCUUUUUGGAUCCGCUCAAACUGUCAGUCAAACCUCUUAACCCCGCCCCCUAAGUGCAGCGAACUGAAGUUCCACAGCAGAGCAGCUGAACGUCUUACAACGCUGUUCAUCUUCACUGAUGGAGAGGUGGAGAACACUAAAGAGGUGCUGGACCUGGUGAAACAUCAUGCUCACUCUCACAGGUGUUUCUCUUUCGGGAUUGGUGAGGGUGCAAGUACCGCCCUCAUCACAGGAAUGGCCAGGGAGGGAUCUGGUCACGCUCAGUUCAUCACAGGCACCGACCGCAUGCAGCCCAAAGUGAUGCAGUCCCUCAGGUUUGCGCUGCAGCUCGCUGUGGUUAAUAUCUCUGUGGAUUGGACCCUUCCAGAUGGCAUUACUGUUGACACACUGUCUCCACCCAUCAAUAUGCUCUUUCCAGGUCAAAGGUCACUCAUUUACGCCCAACUUAAAGGAGAGAGUUCAGGAGGCUCUGAGGGAACAGUGACAGUCAAAUACAGUUUGAAAGAUCAACCAGUAACAAACCAGCUCCACUUCUGCCUCAAACCAUCUGAAGAAACAGGGUUGGCCGUCCACCGGCUGGCAGCUCGGACCCUGAUCCGCUCUCUGGAGCAGGAGGAGAGGUCAGGUGAUGCAUAUUUUGAGAGCAGGAUAGUGGAGCUCAGUGUUCAGACAGGAGUGAGCAGUGUUCAUACAGCCUUCAUUGCCGUUAAUAAAGACAGCAGACAGAUUGUGGAAGGACCCCUGCUGCAGAGAAGAGUGCAGACAUACGAUGUGUAUCAACAACGUGCCCUGUUAGGUUUGCAACUAGGAUGUAGCGUAGUAAACGCAGUGAGAUCCCAUGAUGGCAUCGAUGAACAAGUGUUUCACUGCUCAAAAAUGCUCGGUUCUUUCAGUAAGAAGGCAAUAAAAGCACCUGAAAAGAAGAUUGGAUUAAUUACAAAGGUCCAGAAUUUUUUCAGCCGUUUUAAGACUGCUGCCCCGACUGCUCAAAAAGAGUCGCAAGUCAAACAUUAUGCCGCUCCUGACCCCCCAAAGGACCUGUUACUCCAGCUGGUUUCUCUCCAGAAGGCGUCAGGCUGCUGGGAGCUGGACGCCACACUGGCUGAUGUGUUUGGGAAGACGGAGGAUGAGCUGACCAAUCAGAAACCAGCACAGGUGGAUGGGUCAGUAUGGGCCACUCUCCUGGCUCUGAUCUGGUUAUAUGGCUGUAAAAUAGAGCAGCAGGUCGAGUGGCAGUUUGUGGCCAUGAAGGCAGCGUCAUGGAUCGGCUCUCAGAAAGUGGGCGAUCUGUCUCAGUGUGUGUGUGUGGGUAAUGUCCUGCUCGGAUGUCAUGUGACCCAAGAGGCUCUGGGAAUCUGAAGAUGUCAGUGUUUCUACUUCCUGUGCUUUAAUACAAACACUGUUAACAAGUCGACAGCAUGGGUUCAUCGGUGUAAUAGCUUUAAAUGUUUAUAAGAUUUAUAGCAUGAAAUUCAGACAAAAUGCAGCAAAAUCCACCAAAAUGCUUUAAAAAUGAUCCAUAAUGGAGAUAGCACUAACUGCACUUUAUGCAUUUGUAAUCAUCUUUGUUUUAAACAAACAUCCAGUUCUUUAUCAUUGUGCAUUUAUAUGUGACUUUACUCCUGUACUUACCUGUUUUGUCCACUAAAUUAAACAUUAUAUAUAUAUAGGCUAUAUAUCUUGGGUGUUUCCUCCGAGGCAAGGGAGGCAGUGCCUCCUCAAAAAAAUAAGAUAAGAAAAUUAGAUUU